AUGGAUCCGACAGACCGUAACAAUUUUAUAGAACUGUUGAAUGGGGCGGAUCAAUUGAAGUGGACAGCAUGUAGCAGUCAUGAUAUAAAACGUUUCUCAAAAAAUGAGAUCGAAAAGAUCACAGACAACUACAAGACUACGGUUGGACAGGGCGCCUUUGGAAAAGUUUACGCAGGGAUCCUCGAGGACAAAAGUAUGGUUGCAGUUAAGAUACUUGACCACAACAUCAGCAAGAUGAGAGAAUGCUUCGCUAAAGAGAUCAUCGUCCACUCCCAAAUCAACCACCGGAACGUAACAAGGCUCAUUGGCUACUGCAUGGAGGGAGAUGCACUAGUGAUGGUCACUGAGUACAUCCCUAAUGGAAACCUCGAAAACAUUCUUCACCAAGAUGUUCGUCCCAUUUCCUUGGACACGCGACUAAGGAUUGCUAUGGAGUGUGCAGGUGCUCUGGCCUAUAUGCAUUCACAGAUGUACACCCGUGUAAUUCACGGUGAUAUCAAGCCUGCCAAUAUACUUUUGAGCCAAAACCUCAGUGCCAAGAUUUCAGAUUUUGGAAUAUCUAGAUUGGUCAAUACGGACAUGAGUCUAUACACUACGUAUGUCAUAGGGAGCAUCGGCUACAUGGACCCUUUGUUUGUUCGCACCGGAUGUCUCACCCCAAAGAGCGAUGUAUACAGCUUCGGAGUUGUUCUCCUAGAAAUGUUCACAAGGAAAAAGGUGAAGGCAGAUCAUGAUGGUGGUUUAAGCCUCGUUGAUGGCUUCAUUCGUGGUCUUUCAAGAGGAUUCAGAAGGGUGAGAGAGAUGUUUGAUGCCGAAAUUUCAGACUCGAGCAGCAGCAAGAUUCUUGAUGGGAUCGCCAAACUGAUAGGCGAGUGCUUAAGCAUGGAAAUCCAGAAGCGGCCUGAGAUGACAAAUGUGGCAGAACGGCUUCAGGCGCUGAGGAAAGCACUUCACCAAGGACAAGAAAGAGUAGGCCUAUUUUUUUGGGGAAGGAAGACCAAGCCAGACUCUGCAGCUGAAAAGACGACCAUUCCGGUGAAGAGAACAUUUCGUGCUGGGCAACGAACCAUGGUGGUGAUGAAGAGGGUGAAACCCGACUUGAGCGAACAAGAUUUUAGGCAUAGCGUAGCGGUGAUCAGUGACCUCCGGAGCGAUCUCGUCAUGCCGCUCCGCUGGUACCACUGCAGCAAGAGUGACAGGCUGCUAGUGUACCAUUACAUGCCCAUGGGAAGCCUUGCAGCGCUGCUUCACGGGAAGAACGGCUCUGCAUCUGCUGGGGGUCAGGUGAACUGGGAGUGGCGAUCAAGCAUCGCACUCACCGUGGCACGCGCUGUGGCGGCCAUCCACUCUGCCGGACCGGCGUCCUGCCACGGCAACAUCAAAUCCUCCAACGUCUUCCUCACUGGUGACCACGAGGUGCGGCUGUCGGAGCACGGCCUCCACACCCUUGUAGGCAUGUACUUUUCUGCUGGUGCUGGUCCGAGUGGGUACAGAGCUCCGGAGGUCACCUUGAUCGACCGCGACACCACCAGGCGGAGCGACGUGUACAGCUUUGGCGUCCUGCUGCUCGAGCUGCUCACAGGGAGAUGUCCGACGAACAUGUUGGUGUUGCAUAAGGGUCAUCGUGUGGAUUUGCCACGAUGGGUGCGCUUGUCAGUUCUCAGCGAGGACUCGACGACCAAGGUGCUCGACGCGGAUAUCAUUGUUGAUCAGCAACAGGAGAACCAAAUGCAGCAACUCAUGCGUCUCGCGAUGGUUUGCUGUGAACAGAUAGCCAUUCGAAGACCGGCGAUGUCUGAGGUGGUGCAGAGGAUGGAGGAGAUCCGGCGGUCUAAUUCUGCAGUCACAGGCAGAGGUACAAUUGGGACAACGUGGAAGGUCGUCAACGGGGAUCUGACAGGUAUAAUGAUACAGGAAGACAUAGCAUUUGAUCAAUACAUAGCAGCAAUCAAAUCCAUCAACAAGGAGCUGGUUCUGAAGCUGAUGCAGGGCGUGGACUUGCCAGAUGUCAUGACCCAAAUUCGUUAA